CUUGGGGUGGGGGGGAUUAGGUGAAGCAAGGUGACACAGUGCAGGAUCUUACAGUUGGAAUCCUUCCAUGGAGGGAACAGCUGGGAGCAAGGAGUGACAGGUGCACUGGGGAGACUGGGAUCUUCACAACUUUUCUUUCACAUCAGUCACAGUCAUAAGGAGGGAGGAACUCAGGACGAUACACAGCUGCAGUCUGAGACAUACACUCAGAUACGGAGAUUAACACGCCGGAGCUAUGGGGACAGUCAGUGAACUAUGUGUGUCCAGUUUUCAGACCUUCUUGUGCCCUGCUGUGAAGCCACUCGAGGAAGCUCCAGUGCCGGACGACCUCACUCCAGAGGAGCAGCAGGAGCUGGAGAAUAUCCGCCGGCGCAAGCAAGAACUGCUGGAGGACAUUCAGCGGCUGAAGAAUGAGAUAGCAGAAGUUACUAGUGAAAUUGAGAACCUGGGUUCCACUGAGGAGAGGAAAAAUAUGCAGAGGAAUAAACAGGUGGCCAUGGGCCGUAAGAAGUUUAACAUGGACCCCAAAAAGGGGAUCCAGUUCCUGAUUGAGAAUGACUUACUGAAGAAUACCAGCGACGACAUUGCUCAAUUCCUCUACAAAGGAGAGGGCCUGAACAAAACAGCCAUCGGAGAUUAUCUCGGAGAGAGAGAUGAUUUCAAUAUCAAAGUCCUCCAAGCUUUUGUGGAGCUUCAUGAGUUCACAGACCUCAACCUGGUUCAGGCAUUAAGACAGUUCCUAUGGAGCUUUCGGCUGCCAGGAGAAGCCCAGAAGAUCGACCGCAUGAUGGAAACCUUUGCUCAGCGCUACUGCCAUUGCAACCCUGGUGUUUUCCAGUCUACAGACACAUGUUACAUUCUGUCAUUCGCCAUCAUCAUGCUAAACACCAGCCUCCACAAUCCAAAUGUAAAGGACAAGCCGACCGUGGAACGGUUUAUCUCCAUGAACAGAGGCAUAAAUGAUGGAGGUGACUUGCCUGAAGAUCUGCUCAGGAAUUUGUAUGAGAGCAUCAAGAACGAGCCUUUCAAAAUACCAGAAGAUGACGGCAAUGACCUCACACACACUUUCUUCAACCCGGACAGAGAGGGCUGGCUGCUAAAACUGGGAGGUAUGUACACCUGCUCUUCCCCAACGCUAGUCCAUCUCUCAGCUCUCAGGUGCUUUCGGUGGCCUGCCAUGCUUUCGUUCUCUUCCUUGUUUAUUACAUUCAUACAGAGUUAUUUUGUGUGUAGAUUUUUUUUUUUUUUUUUUUUGUCUCCCCAUUGACUCAUUUGAACUUCAGAUGUUUGUUUGUCUGUGCAGUCUCUCAUGGAGCUGGUGGUUUUGUCCAUGCUCUUUUAUCUUUGUCGGGCAGUCGCCGGGUGCAUUUGUCACCCUGUGGACUCGACUCGGGGAGCUACUGCUUUGUGACCACACUACUGAGCAAUUUGGCCUUUUUUCCCUCUUUGCACUGUGGUGGUCACUCUCUUUGAUCUCCCGUUUUUUGGAAGCUGCAUUAUACCUUUUUUCCAUACAGCGAGCGCAACAAAGGACCUAGCUUUGAAAAAUUGAUCAUGCACCAGUGUACACAUUGGAAGCUGUUGUUUGCUCUCUGAUUGAAUGGAAAGGGAAUACUGCACCUUUUCAUCAAUGCAGCUUUCCUUAUCUCCUUGUAUAAUUCCUACACGUGGAUCUGAAGGUUAACAUUGUGGCUCAGGUUGGUGUGGUGCUGGACCGGACUGGACCAAGCUGUGGGAAGAUGGCAUGAACAGAGGAGUGUGCUGAAAGGAGCCAGGCAUUGUUUUAUUGAUAAAUUUAUAUAUUGGUGUUAGUGGUGCAUGUUUUCUUUAAAUUACAAAAAAGGGGGUAACUAAAUCCAACUUGGGGUUAUUAAGCAUCAAUUGCUAAUUGAUCAGAAUGAGAAAAAUCAUCCUCAAAUAAACAAUCCCCUCUUAACCUCCUCUCGUCCAGCCUCCCACAGUCCCGUCUUGCAUGGGUGACUCACUCCACUCAGCCCCACUCGGGCCUAGCACCGUCCACACACCUCUCUGCAACAAUCUGCUGGGACGUCCUGCCUCGUCCCAGACAUUCUUGCACAGGAGGCGGUGAACUCUUUAUUUUUCUCAGAGUGACAGGAACUGACACGGCCAUCAGACCAAUCGCAACUUUCAGCCAACCCAAUCAACUUUUAAGCCGUCAGCUGUGUGAUUCUGCCAUCGCGUCUGUGCUCUCUGUCGGUCUGCUUUUUUCUUUUUUUCUUUUUUUGCUGUUGCAACAUGCUGAUGAGUCAAGGUGCGGCGAGGAGCCCUAUAUCUCCAUUUCCGUCUGCCAGUUCAGGCGUGUCGACAGUUUCUGUAACUACUAAACGUAGACUGAAGUGUUGUGCCUGUCAUGAUGUCUGUAAUAUGAUGGGAUAUCAUAUACAGCGUGUCUGCUGCUAUAUGAUAAUACAAGUGUGUUCUACCUGUCUAUAGAAACAUCUUCAAACCCUUGCUUAUGGUAAAUGGGUUUCAAAAUGCAGCUUUUUACUAACAUUGGUGGUGGGAAAACCUAGUCUAGACUAGGCUUAGUAGGCUUAUGACUGUCAUCGUUAGAAGGACCCCUCCCCAAUAACUAAAUACUAUUUCUAUAUAGAUGCAAAAUUACUUAACUAAGCCCAAACAGGAUAUUUAAGAUUGCAAUGCCUGUGGAGAGACUAAGCAUAACUUCAGGCACUGAGCUUCCUGCCCCUCUCUUUGUUGGCAUCCUAUCCUCCCAGAGUGUGGCUGCCAUCUGGUACUGUGAUCAUGUUUCCCCUCACAGGAAGCAGGGUGACAAAGGGGGUAAGAGUUCAGCUAAAGAUCAACAAGAGCAGAGUCAAGCAAUGAGCCCCUGCUGCACUUUAAAAUGAAGAGAACUUAAUCCACAGUCCCUCCUCACUUUCUAUGUUCAGCCCUUAUAUAUGGAUUUUGCAGCUUUCUAACUGUUGUCCAGUAACAUAGGUGGUUCAUCAAGCUUAGUGAAUGCAGAGCAUAUAGAUCUGUAUGCUCUAUUGAUUCUGGCUCUCUAGGCCUUUGAGUAAAAUGCUGUUGAGCCAAGAGAGGAGAUGCCAGUUUUUUCAGUCAUGUCAAAACAUGAUUGAAAAGUAGCAAACAGCUUUCGACUCAAUCCUCAGAUGUAAACUCCAGGUAGUUUUUAUAUGCAUUUAUCACCUAUAAGGGGUUUCUUUAUCAUAUUAACAGUAUAUCAGACUGGAAAAUAGCAAUCAGGCCCAUAAAUCAACAAAUACAAGCGAAAGGAUAAAAUAGUUAUUAUAGCUACAAAUGGUGUGGUGAUGGGGAGCACAUGGCAUGGACAUGGGUUAGGGUGGAUAGUGGGGUUCCUUAGGUAAAGGGAGUCCUCUGGAGCCGUCAUCUGUCUGUCUGCUCAUACAUCUGUCUGCCUGUCUGCUGCUCGACACGGUGCUUUGGUGCUCGUUUCUCUUUCCAUAUCGCUUCUCUUGCUGAGCCUUUCUGAUGCUUGCUGUUUGCUCCACAGGGGGACGAGUUAAAACUUGGAAGAGGAGGUGGUUCAUCCUCACAGACAACUGUCUGUACUACUUCGAGUACACCACAG